AUGGUUAGUAAGAUGGAAGUAAAGUAUGAUCACCGCCUGGUCGAAAAAGGUCGCGCGUUAAAAUGGAUUAGACAGGGGUAUUUUUCCACUUCCCAACCGGGUCAACCCAAGUUCAGCUUAAUUUUGCCGCCUCCCAACGUAACGGGCCAACUUCACCUUGGCCACGCCUGGAACGCCUACAUUCAAGACACGCUGGUUCGUUUUAAAAAACUGCGCGGUUACGACGUUUUGUGACUGCCGGCCGUUGACCACGCGGGCAUCGCCACCCAAGUUCGGGUUGAGCGCCAACUUUUUGAAAAGCAACAACUAACUCGUCACGACUUGGGACGGGAUCGCUUUGUUAAAAAGGUCUGGGAGUGGAAGAAGAUCUACGGCCAAAAAAUUGUCGACCAGUGACAAAAGCUCGGCUUGGCUCUUGACUACCGCCGUCAAAAAUUUACCAUGGACCCUGAUCUAAGUCAGGCGGUCAACCAAGCUUUUAUCACCCUUUACCAGCGCAAACUGAUUUACCGCGGUAUUCGCGCGGUCAACUGGGACCCCAAACUUCAAACCGUCGUUUCUAACAUCGAAGUUGAAAACCGGCCGGUACCGAGCAAAAUGUACUACUUUGAGUAUGUUUUGGCCGACGGAGUUAAAAAGUUGUUGGUGGCGACAACUCGUCCGGAAACAAUGUUUUCUGACGUGGCGUUAGCCGUCAAUCCCAGCGAUAAACGUUACCACGCGUUGGUUGGUCAAAAAGCGAUCAGUCCUUUGACGGGAGCCGUUUUACCAAUCAUCGCUAGUUCGCACGUUGAACACCGGCGCGGCUCGGGAGUCAUGAAAGUUUCGGCUCACGCCGUGGUGGACGUUGAGAUCAUUCAAGCCAGUCGCCUGCCGUUAAUCGAAUCGAUCGACCGCCACGGGAAAAUGAACUCCAACGCCCGCGACUUAGCCGGUUUAGACCGCUUUGAGGCUCGUCAAAUCGUGGUUGAUCGUUUAAAAAGAUCCGGCGCUCUAGUUAAAGAAGAGGAGACAACUAGUAACGUCGGCUUUUCUCAGCGUUCAAACGAGGUGGUCGAGAUUUUGGUUCAGCCGCAGUGGUUUAUCAAAAUCAGACCGCUCGCCGAGCGCGUUUUAGCCGACCUUGACUCGGGUCACGGCUGCCGGUUUUUUCCGCCCCGUUUUAAAUCGGUUUUAAAAACUUGGGUCAAAAACGCCCACGAUUGAACAAUUAGUCGUCAACUCUGGUGGGGACACCAAAUUCCCGCUUGGUACUUGGGCGAGCAAAUUAAAGUUCAAGUCGAUCCGCCUGGUCCUGACUGACGACAAGACGAAGACGUGCUUGACACCUGGUUUUCCUCAGCGCUUGGUCCGUUUAGUUUUCUGGGCUGACCGCGCCAAAGUUCGCUCCUUAAAAACUACUACCCGCUCUCGGUUCUGGUGACGGGCUACGACAUUAUUUUCUUUUGGGUCGCGCGGAUGUAUUUUUUCGGACUCAAGUUCACCGGUCAAAAACCGUUUGAGGCCGUUUUACUAAACGGAUUAAUUCGCGACGAAAACGGUCAAAAGAUGUCCAAAUCGCGCGGUAACGGCGUGGAUCCGAUCGAGGUCGUUGAGCAGCAGGGCGGCGACGCUUUGCGCUGGUUUUUGCUGACAAAUUCCACGCCCGGUCAAGACAUUCGUUUUUCCAAGCCGAAAAUCGCCGCCGCUUGAAAUUUGCUCAACAAACUUUGAAACGUGAGCCGCUACAUCAUGGAGGUUAUGCCGCGCGGACCGGUUAAAAAACCGUCUGACACCGAUUUGUGGAUCGAAAAACGUUUGGCCAUGCUGACUAAAACGUUGAGCGAGAAACUGGAACGCUACCAGUUAACCUUGGCUGGUCAAGCAAUUAGUCAGUUUGUUCAGGAAGAUUUGUCGUCCUGGUACGUAGAGUUUAGUAAAACCGAGCCGAACUACCAGUUUGCGAGUCAAAUUUUGCGGCAGUUUUUGAUCGUUGUUCACCCUUUCCUACCCUUUUUGAGCGACUACCUAUUUGAAAAAUUAACCGGGGAAGAGCUGCUCACAAGCGCUUGGCCAACUUUUAAAACUAAGCGCGAUGUUUCCUACAUUGACCGGGUGCUAACUUUGACCCGGGCGCUGAGAGACUUUCGGGCGCUCCACCAAAUUAGUCACCGCGAGAAGAUUUUCUACGACACCCUGGUUAAACUUAAACCUUCCGAGGAAAAGAUGGUCUCCCACCUUGUUAACGGUCAGCGCAAAACUAACCGCGACGUUUUGCUUUGGGCUGGCGGUGAAAAAAUUUACGCGGUCUUACCGCCCGAGUUGCACGAGCGUCAAAAAAAACGCCAGGCCGAGCAACUAACUCACCUAGAGAACGAAAUUAAACGGGCCGAGAGUUUAUUAGCUAACGCCAACUUUCAACACAAGGCGCCUAAGGAAAAAGUUAAGUUGGAAAAAACCAAGCUGGCUCAACUCAAGGAUCAGUUCAAAAAACUGAAAACUAGUUUGCUGAAUUAG